CAGAACGCGCAAGACGUCCACAGCGUGCAGUCGCGGCAAAAGCGGAGACCCGCGCGGUAGUCGGUCAGUGCGUGGGAGUGCGUGCGUGCGUGAACACGAGAUUCGAGCUGCUGCCGCGCCGCACCCGCACGUGCACCACUGUGCAAGAUCGCCUACAGCGCAUCAUCGCUUCCCCACUGGUGACGUAAAUAAGUGACUGUGGUGUUCCGAAACGCAGUGUAGUUUCUUAUUAACUGCCGCAGUGACAAUCGCAAAGGCGACACGAUGCCUCUGUCGCGUGACAGGUGAUAGGUUCUCCCGUGUUGGGGACUCCGUUUCGACACACUGAGCGCAUCUUCGGAGAGCGAAAGUUGGCCAUCGCGGACUUGACGAAACGAGACGAGGAGGAGAAGCCGGCUCAGCGAUGCAGGACAGGAUCACGCCGUGUAUCAUCGAGGAACAAAGCUGUCUGGCUGACUUCACCGCCGACCAGAUGAUCAGCAGGGAGGGCCUGCGGGAGCUCGUGGACCUGGGCGAGCAGCUGGCGCACGGACACGUCCGCAUCCACGAUGUCGCGGACAGGAUAGCGUCCUUGCUAUCCCACGGACUCCCCGAUGACUUCGACGAGGACGAGGACGUGGUCUCGAGCACGACGGGCAGCGACGCGAUGGCGGUCAGCCUGAGCACCAGCAUCAGCAGCAGCAGCAGCGGCGGCGGCGGCGGCGGCGGCGACGGCGGCUGCAGCGACUCCGACAGCGACUCAGACAGCGAGGAGGGCCGCGAGGUGGCGUCGCACACGCUGGCGGCGGCCGGCGCGUCCGCCGAGGGCUUCGAGGAGGCGCUGCUGCUGGCGGGCUACACCGACUGCAUGCGCGAGGCGCUGCGCUUCCUGGUCGAGGAGGAGAGCUUCGCGGCGCACGACCCGCUCGUGCUGGGCCUGCGCCAGCACCUGCUCGACCACCAGCCCAGGCUGCCUCUGCUCGAGGUGCGCCCGCCUUCGCUGUGAUCGCCGCGGCCCAGCGUCCAGUCCUCAGGAGAUCUCUACUGACAGUCCCGUCCCCAGCAUCUUCCACUGGUGCUGGACGACGUCCAGCCGCCAUCGACGACCUCAAGCUGGAUAUUACCAUCUAGACAUCUCUACAGUUUUCAUUGGAUGACGUCCAGCUGUCACCAACGAUCUCAAACUUUGCUGUGCCAUUCGUGACCCGAUGUCUAAUCCCACAAAGAGGUCCUCUCAUGGUUGGCCUCCAACAGCGCCUGUUUGCCCUCCAAACUUGGCUCUGCCAUCCGUGACCCAGUGUUUCAAGUGACAAAGACAUCAUCUUAUGGUGGGUGACCCAGUAUCUCAAGUGGCAAAGAGAUCACCUUAAGGUGGGGCUCCAAACCACCUGUUGGCCCGCCAACCCUGCCAGACACUGGUUGUUGCCUCCAUCAUUGUGACUGCUGCGCCAUCUCGAUUUUGUGUUGAUGGUCGACUGUUCAUCAACCAUCUCCAGCACACUACCGGCACUCUCCUGAAGAACUGAUGUCGUCCUCAUACAGUCAUUUGAGGAGCCUUCUGCAUGUCUUUCUUUGAACAUUUUGUGACUCACGGAGGUCACUGAACAAUGCGUGAACCUGUUCGUCCCGGUGUGCCUUUGCGAUUAGGGAUGUUGUGUAGUGUACAGUGACUGUAAAAGGUGAAGGCAAUCACUAUGUUUUCUAUCUUCGCGAAAAUACGCGCAACAGCGUAGAUGUUCAGUAUUGUAUGGUUCAUUUAGACUGUGUAGGCGCUAGAAGUGUGAAGUGAAACUUAUUGUGUAAUACAACCUCAUUUGACGUCGUCAUCAAGACAUGGCCAAGCCAUGCACUGGCUACCAUUGAACUAAACAUCCACUGCUGAUUGAUCAUACAAAGUAAUGGAAACUCUCCGGCGAAGGAAACGAAUCUUUUGAAGAACGUGUACGUCGGAAAAACGCUUUAGAACUGGAAUCCUAAAUUUUUUCAAUACAUAGCAGAAAAAACUUGACAAAGUACAGCAAGAAGAGGUUUAAGUCAAGUAAAACACGAAAACAGGUUAGCUAGUCUUCGAGUAAUGAAGACGUGGAGAGAGAUGUCUACAGAAGUGCAAUGUGUCUCAGAAGGAUCUCGCAGAAGAAUAAACUUAAAAUUAUUGUGCAGCUCUUAAUGAGCUGUACCUUAUCAAGCUAUUCCGUUACACGCCUCUUUCCUACAGCUACCGUCAGCAACAUUAGUCGAUGUGUAACAACAAUGGUUAAAGCUGUUUCAACCAGAAUCGAGGCUACAAACAUACAAGCAUAUGCCUGUUCAACAUCUUAAAUAUGACUUGUGUACUAAAACAAGAGUUAAAUAAUGUCCAGUUGUAAACGAUUUGUGGAACAUCGUAACAUAUUUUGCUCAUUUUCAAAUGUCAUAAAGCUUUUGCCAGUCUCGUGUCUUGAACUAGACCACAGUAAUCGUAAUGUGGGCUACGUGGUUGUUUACAGUACCAUACGUCUCCAGUUGCAACACAAGAAGUGUAUCAGAUUUCAAAAGUUGUAUGUCAAAAUUGCAACGUAAUUUUUUAACUAUGUUUUCCUUUAUACUAGUGCACUUAGUGCUGGUGACUUUUCUAACAAUUGCUUACAAGUGUUUAAUGUUGCUGAAUGUCAAACAGAAUGCACCCGCAUUAAUUUUUGCUGUCACAUCUCUACCCAAUCUGCAACUGUUUCUUUCCAAAUUAUUUUUACAUCACUUAAUGUAAUGACGUUAAGUGAAUUGAUACAUUUUAUUGAACACUGAAUCACUGCAGUAAACUGUAAAUCUGAAAAUGACCAGUUUUCUUUUCUUUUCAUAGCUAUGAUGUCAUAUUGGAAGUAGUAUACGUAACCAAUUGUUGCUCACAUGAUCUGCAAUUAGAAAACAAUGUAACGAAUGAACAUAGCUUUGUACUAAUCUGAAACACAGAAUAACGAAACUCUCCACCAAGAAUCAGUUUUCCCUCGUCUGCAUACUUAGGUGUCGGUUGAAAUUCAGUUUAAAUGCCUUGUUGACUUCAUUUUAGCAACAUGUCAUAGGAAAAUCCAAAUAUGGAGAAUCAGCGCGUUAAGUACAGAAAGGCUUCUCCACCCUACAAAACAUAUGUCAUAAAGUCAUCCACGUAAGACUAAUAAAAAGAAUCGAAUAUUAUGAGGCCUCAAGAAUUGUAAGGCAAUACCGUGGUAAGGUCUUAGAUUUUUCUGCAGCAGUGUUUGGCCGUUGGGAACACGUAGAGUGUACAUACAAGCCCGCGAAUAAUAUAACGUUCUCGGAUUUCUAUCGUUCUCAAGUGGUUUAACUGUUCAGGCACUCUAAAAUUGACACUGGUAGAAGUCAGACGGAAUUUUAGCAAUUCAUAUAUUCGCAACACUCUUCACUUACGUCGCUAUCAGGUGAUUACAAAAUAAAUAAUAUUAUUUCAUUAUUCAAUAGUUUUUAGUGAUAUUAAAAAAUAAUGCGUUAUUACGUUCUCUGAAAGAAGUUAAACCCUAUGUUUUCUUUUGAAUUCAAUUGCUACUAUUUUCAUUUCUUCUCGUUUCACGUGUCCUUCUAUCACAAAAAGCAGUGUAAACCCCAACCUUCCAUAUCAAGCACCCCCCUUCUCUAAAGUAACACACAUUAGGUGCCAAUUGUGAUAUCUGUUCGUUACGUGUAAUACUGGUAUGUUUACAAGUGGCCAUAAUUUUCACGCAGGCAAGUUUUGUGAAUGCAGUGUAUCUCGUCAAACUGCAACAACGAAAUGUUUUCGGAUCACCAACCAAGCAACUUCUGAGUCCUGUUGCGACUGUUCCUGCUCCCAUCCUUCUGGUGGAAAGACGAAAUACAAUGAAAUGUCGCUUAAAAGUUCGUCUGAUGGUACUACAAGACCGUGAAGGAAACGAACACGUAUCACUAUUCCCUCAUAUGACCGAUGCCAACAAUUACAGACUUUUGUUGCUAAUUUGGUUAUUAUGACAUUUUUGCAGGUAUCUUGAUGCAUACCCAUUGUUACCAGUGGACGUAGGAGCGAAACCUGGAAGGGCCCUCUCUGACAUCAAUUUUUAAAGCAUCUUUUUAUAAAUUUAAACGCCACUAUCCCGUUGCAAAAUUUUUUAUUUGCUCCAUACGCGUUUCACCUUUUACAGAAUGUAUCUUCAGUAAAGGCGAAAUACGUCUGCAGCAAAUAAACUACAAUGGAGAAAGAUAAAGAGGUUUAAGUUCGUAAGACUAAUGUUUCUGUAAUUGCUACGGAUGAUGAGCAAACAAACAAACUCGUUAUUUUUUCAGAAGUUUUAAAUUAUUGGCUUUCGGGUAACUCUGUCCGUCUACAUGUCUGAAGGAAACAUGUUAAUAGAACACGUGAUGCUUAAAAUUUACCGUUUGUUUUGCCGUCUCAGUUACACAUCUACUUUCGUGAUAUGACUUCUUUCAAUCAAAAUUGAUCACCUUCAGACCAAUGUAGUUGCAUAAGAAACCUGUCGUAACCAUGUCAACAAAGUGGUUCAAAUGGCUCUGAGCACUAUGGGACUUAACAUCUAUGGUCAUCAGUCCCCUAGAACUUAGAACUACUUAAACCUAACUAACCUAAGGACAGCACACAACACCCAGUCAUCUAUGUGAACAGAAUAAGUUAUUCUGGUGUGUAGUUCCUUAUGACACCUACAAAGAUCUGCAGAUCAUUAACUUUGACCGAAAGUAAUCAUUUCAUAAAAAUACAUGUGUUACUGAGAUGCCAAAGUAAGCGAUAAAUUUUAGAUAUCAGCGCAGUUGCGGAAGUGGAAUGCAUAAUGAAUGAUAAGAAGUUGUACCUCCAUAAAAUUAUUCAGGGUUGCACACUGUGUGAUAAUGAAGAACGAUGGCGUGAGGGUCACUUGGUGCGCUUCAGUAUGGUAACCGAUUUAGACCAUUGCUGCAGGUCAUCCUCAGAUCUAGACAUCUGAUUACUGCGAAUCGCAUCUUGUCAGAGUGUCAAAAUUUCCGGAAUGGUUACAUAUUAGUUCUCAGGAUGGCAUAUAAUAUUUCAGUUAUAAGACAUCUUCAUGUAAAAUGUGCCACAGUUUCGGCCACUAUGGCAAGUGGUGGAAAGAUGGAAGGCGUUUGCAAUAGCGGCUGGAGCGUUGGCAUGUUUUACAGUGAAUAAUUUUAUGGGCAUUGACUCCAGCCGCGAAAGCCUGUGAACUUACAGAAGUUGUACCGUUGCAAAUUUAGUUUCACAAGAAGCUGCGUGAAGUGGGAUCGAUCGAACACUGCCCCUGUGUUGGCCGUCAGCCGUCUGGGUAGUCCUGAAGACGGCGCUCGGAGCGGUGUCCGGAACGCGUGCCGGAGCGCGAUACAGGUGCGGAGCUGCUCAGUGGAGCGUCCCGGCUCUUCACACGACCUCCCGCAGCCGCAUCUGCGCCACCUGCCGACUCUUUCUCUGUGGCCGCUGGCCGCAGUUUUUGUCCCAGACGACGGCUGCUAGUUCAGGCACCGAAACACCAGACUGAAGCAGCGAAGCACCUCCGAAUCCUGCAGCUGUUAGCCAGACUGGGAUUUGAAACUGCUCGCUUGCGUUUGCUGGGCAGUGUUCAUGUCGUCGGAGCCAUCCAGGAGCAAGUCACAGACCACAAUGGGUACACUCUACCAUCCCCGAACCCUCUUCUCGAAAACUCGUAGAAGCUCUCGUGCAUAGCUCCUUGUACUGGCUCUCCUGGGAAGCGGUGGAGAAUUGCUAAACCACAGCCUAGGGAGUCGUUUCCACUGUGAAUCUUUUGCUUCGUGCCAGAGUGUACGCCGUUAUGAAAUUUUCUAAUGGAUGAUCUGGAAAAAAACCGGGUUCAAAUCCUAGCCAGCACUUAUUCAAUUUAGUAAGCGCAUAAAUAUCUGUACAGAAUGAAACAUUGACUCCGGAGCACCACUAUUCGGACCCCGACAAGAGAUUGACAUCUAAGACUGACGUCGUAGCCAGACAACCACUGUAGACAUUUUCUCAGUGUCGAUAGUUUGUUUGGAGGCAAAAAGGGGGCAGUUACUUCAGAAUAUUUAAGAGAGAAACAUUCCCGUUCGUCAAGGAAUCUUCUCGCAUUAUCAGCUGAGCCCUGUGGCGUAGUGUUAUCUCAAUGUUUCGAUGAUUUCUCUGCUCGUCAUCUUCAGGCAAGUCUUCGCCUGACGAUGACGAAUAGGUAACUUCUUUAGACGUUAGGACAACACGGAACUACGAGUCGGCUGAUAAUCUGAAAAGAUUCCAUCAAUAGAAUUCGCGAUAAAAGCUACAUUCCCAUAAAUUCCUGUUCAGUUUUAGGGUCAGGUCGUGUCUGUGUUUAGAAGGUGACUCACAUAAAGUGCCAAAUACUUCGCGAUAUUUUGAAGAUGCUGAAACAAAAUAUUUCGACAGUAAUAUUCGCAGCUGUCAGUUGUAGAAUGCCGCUUUAUUUUUUACCCAGUUUUCAAAUUAAGCCAGUCUGUGUUGCGUCAUGCUGUGGAAGUAUCAAAUCAGUACAAAAUAUAUACAGUAAGUGUUCAAACUGUAAUCAACUUUAGUUAUUGCAAUACGUAUUUGGUGCAGAUUGUAUUGUGGUGUUUGUAGGACUUCGAUAUCAGUAGCGAAAUAGACAGAGUAGAAUAUGGAUCACAAACACCACAGUCAUGCAUCAUUCUCUUAAAGCUGUUCUAAUACACAUCGUUUAUCAAAAAGAGAGAUCGACCAAGAUUUGUUGGCAUCACACCGGUGCCAUGGUGUAUCAUUGGUAGGAUUUCGUUUGAAACUGGUUCAUUCAAUGCUAAGGAGUAAAAAUCAUAUUGAACAAGUUAGUCAAUCGAGGCGACUUAUCACUUUUUCCAUUUUUUGUUAAUACUGGACACAUAAUAAAUUACACAUCAGACAGGCAUUGUAACAUUUUAGGUCUAUAGUUACUGGAUGUUUGGAAAGGUGAAAAUGUGUACUAACAUGCACCAUUAAAAUAAAAUUUCAAUUUUAGUGCUGGUACGAAGUUAGACUGUCAUUUAGGGCAACUUUAGACAAGUCUUAAAAACAUAGUAUUUUUAUAACGUCUAAUUUUCUGGUAGAUUUAGAUCAUACCAGAAGUUAAAAUCCGUGUUAAUUCAGAUUGCAAGUUUACUAUGAAAUAUCAAGAUAUUUCUCUCGAUCUGGCAUUAUUCAACACAAAUCACUGCCGGCAGAAACUUUCUCCAUAGCCAACGCAAUUGAACAACUAUCACAAGCCAAAGAGCUUAGUGGAAGGUGGAAAGACAACUGAAAUACCGCGUGGAAAUAACAAAACUGUUGCCGUUAGCACAAAAUAAUGCACGUUUGUGGCGCAGUAGCAAUCUGAAACAAGACUAAUAACUGGUACUAAGAUACUCUGACUGGUAAAAAGUUACACUGACUGACUAUGUAUGAAAUUUCAUGGAGUUCUCCGUGUAGGAAGUUGGGUGCGUGACUGGAUAGAUUAUAGAGAUUUUAACAUUCCCACUCAAGAGCGUUCACAGAAUUUAUCACAAGCUUUCAGACUGAUCAUUAACUAUAUAAAAAUAAUCAGCAACAAGCAGCAUAAAGAAAUUUUAUUUCCUUAAACGGUUUCGGAGGCUUCUGAAGGCGUGCGCUGAAGUGACUGAAACCAUUUAAGGAAAUAAAAUUUCUGUUAUGCAGCUGGUUGGCGGUUAUUUCGAUACACACCACUAUAGUUGCUGAAGAUGGGUAAAAUAAUGUCCACUGUUUUCCAAACUGAUAGUAGGUUAACGCCAAAUUCAACAACUUGUUAUAAGAGACUGCUAAUGGUUCAGUACACUUGUGUACUCUCCAUUGAAUACUGGGUUUCUCGAUGGUGAGUUAGAGGUUUUUUUGUGGGAGGGGGGGGGGGGGUUAGGUGAAACAAGCGGAGUGCUCCCUCUUUGUCGACAACAUCCUCCCUUCUUUCGGGGUCCAGCCAAGACUAAUUAAUCACAGACACGAUUAUCCGGUGAGUAAUUACUAGCGCUAGGCAGCAACUCACCACAGCCUUUUGUUUCAACGGGUGUGCCGUCGUCUGUUUCCGGUGGCCAUCUGGGAGUACGGAGAUCCCGGGCAGUACCCCGGCCAACUGGACAGUCGCACGACUGCCGGAACGCCCUGUACCUGCUAUUAGCUGCCCAGGAUCGUUUAAUGGCUUGAUGGACGAUUAACGUAAGCGCAAUUCAUCAAAGCCGGCCGGGAAACGGCCCUGAAUAUUAAUGUCUGCCGUGGAGUGGCAAGUUCUGCAGUUUGCCCAGCCCAGCCAAUCUGUUCCGAAGCGAAACGCGGGGUAAACAACAGCCAUUACGUAAUGAUUGUAUUAAACCACAAGUUGUCUUGUAGGAGUACAGACAACACUUCGCUACCCUGUCUGGUGCCGUAGAAAUAGUUUCAUAUCUUUUUUAAAUAAUAUAGAGGGUGAUUCUGUGAUGGUGUUACAAACUUACGGGGAUGAUGGGGGGUGGUAUAUGUUUCGAUUUUAGGUAAGGGACCUUGGUCGGGUAACGACCGCGUCGAGUCUCAUACGCGAAAAUCAUUUUGCCACCUCUGACAGUGGAAUUUAUGUAACGGUACUGUUGUUGCUAAGACUGUAGGGUAGGUAACUUUCAGAAACGUUAGUAUGGAUCAGAACAAGCAAAUAAAGUCCUCUAAACAUGGGCUUUAAAAUACGUUUUAAGAGCUAUGGGCACUUGCUCAUCUCCGAUACUGAGAAACAAAUCCCUUCUACAGCAAGGCCUUUGAUUUCCAUAUUUUUGAGGAGGUAGUGUGGACCAAAACAAGAAAAAAAAAAUUCCCAAUAAAUACGAGCUCUAAAACGCACACCUUAAGUGUUAUAGGCACUCGCUGGGCAGAGGAAAGGUGCUUCACAGAAACUAAGACGAAGAAGUGCCCAUAGCUCUUAAGGUAUGUAUUUUAGAGCUCAUGUUUACCAGGCAUUUUUUUCCUGGUUUUUCUGCGUACUACCACCUCUGAAAAUUGCCUGUCCUGCAAUCUUUAGUACUAACAGUACUCGUACGUGUAUUGCACCGUCAGAGGUAUCAGAACGAUUUUCGCUUAUAACUUUCGUCUCGGUAGUUUCCUAACCGGGGUCCCUUAGCUCAAUUAAUGCACCUAUCCUCCUCCAUUAUCCUGGAAAAUUUUGUUAUCAUGAAAACACCCUGUACAUUUAACUUCUACCUUCUCAGUUACUCAACCAACUACAUUGUUAAUUUAUUUAACAAUUGCCUAGUUGUUCGACAUGUUUACGACGACGUUUCAAUAUAUUGCUCUCUCGUUCUUAAUUGUUGACACUCCAAAUAACGUAACUCCAUUAAUUUUCUUAUUAUUGCAAAUAACUGUCCUAUAAGUGAAAUGUAGCUUUGCGUAACAGUAAUACAAGUUCGCCUCUCUCAUUUUCUUAUUUUUUGCCCUUUCUCAAUGUUUGAGUCGCCUUGCACGCCGCUAAUGUUCAACAGCGUGUGACAGAACGAACAAUGUAGUAUUUAUGACAAACAACAGCUGUACUGAAGCAGCAAUUUUUAACAUUCUCUUUCGAUAUUCCGAUUCAAAAUUAGAGUGGAUGUUAGUUGAGGACGAACGCCUGGCCAUGGGCAGUUUCGUCUAUCGUUGUUGUUUAAAUUGAGCUACUGCUCCACCUUUAACUAAGUCAACGCUUACGGUAAUGGGAGUUUGAAGCUGUCUUGGCUGUCGCGGUAAUCUUUACAGGUUGCAGACUGCAAUCUGCAUACCUGAUUUACAAUCCAUCUCGAUCGCUAACUGCUGAACGUUCGCCUGGAGGCUUUUACGAAGGAAUAGGAACUCAUUCCCAAUCUUGUCACACGCUUCGCAGAAUGUAACAAAUUCACUAGAAGAACAGAAUCUACGCAGAAUUAACACACUAAAUGAAGCAGAGGUUUGAAUUCAGCUAUUGCUCAGUCGGUGAAAUGUAAAACAAACCAGCUAAAACAUGCAUACAGUCUACAAGUAAGGACUAUGUUUCAACUAUGACACAUCGCUUGCUUAGCAAUUUUCUUUUUCUUGGCAGUGAUGCCAGUCUUAUUUCGCUAAUGGCUUUGUCGAACUCAGCAGCCAAAACGCAAAUGACUCAAGUGUGAAACUGACUGCGUAAUGAUGUGAUGCUUUCAGGACUUUUCUAGUCAUUUACUGUUUUACGUUGCCUUGACAUUAGGACUAUUGAAGUAGAGCAUCAGCCAACUUCAGCACACUUGGAGUUUCACUGAAAGUGCUACAGUAUCAUUCCUCUAGGAUGAUUCCGAAAAGCAAGGUGACAGGAAUACUUUUACUCACGAACAUCGAUGCAAAACUUUUAUUCAUUGCUUCACACCCAUCUGUUUCGCUCCAUUUGCUUUCCUUGUCAACAUCACGUUGAUGCACGGUGUUCAACAAGUAAAAUUUCUCCUGGCUGUUACAUCGAUCAGUUGUGACGUGCUAUAUUACUUCUCUUCACGUAAAUGUUCUUUGCUCUGAUUCUCCAUUUUUCGGUAACCUGAAGCAAGCCAUCACAAAAUAAUUAUAAAAUAUACUUUAAGUUUCUGAACGUAUUGUUAGUUUUCUUUGCUACAUUUUUCAUUUUCGCAGCAACAUUUAUUAACGAAAUAAAUAAUGACAUUAUCAGUUACAGCACAAUCAACUACCACUGUAAUUGCCGUUUUAAAACAGUAGCCCUGUUCCCUCUUUUGUUUUGAAUUUACUGCAAGUGUUGCUAAACGGCCACACUAAAUAUGAAAAUCUUUCUGUUGACGGAUUUGACGUCAUAUGGCACUGGCGCUGCGCCUUAGUUCCGACUGUUGUGAAUCAUUCAUACAGAACUUUCCUUUAAAUAAUACACCGCCCUUUCAUGAAUAUGCGUCUGCCUAUGACAUUUUCAGAAAUGCAGUCACAUAAACAUACGUUAAUUUUCCUUGCUGCAACAAAUUUACAUGUUUUUUUGACUGGAGAUGUUCGUUAUUCUGUGUUUCACAAUGUACGAUAAAUGAAGUUUGACAAUAUAGACUCUGCCAACAUACAUCACAGCACUGAGAAGUAAACGUACACUUGACGGAAUAUUGCUCAAAGUACACAACAUAGUGUAAACUACAAAUCUAACAGCGUAACGAUUAUUUCGCGAGUUUUUCACGACCAGUGUCAGUGUCUGAUUAUGACACGGCAGUGGAGGUUAUUAAACUGUAUACUACCCACUGCGUUUUAUUUAAAAUGUUUUGUAAUUCUAUCUCUGAAAUGCUCUUCUCCACAGAAAUUAUUUUUAAGUGUGCAAUGUACUGCUACUCUGCCAUGUAACUGUACAGUUAAGUGUCCACAGAACUGUUAGAAGUUAUGCUAAGGAACUUGCACCAUCUUGUACCUAUUUUCCCUUAUCUGAAGCAGUGCGACUUAAAAGACAUUUACCUAUGUGAAGCUAAUGUGUCACGUGAACAAUUUGCCAAUUGAAGAUCUCUAACUAUGAUGUUUAAGUAGCAAUUUAUGGUGAUCUCAGACAUUAAUAGAAAUAUCUGUCGUUCAAUACUUGUAUUCGCUUCUGUGCCCCCGAUGGCAGUUUUGUUUGUUAACAGUUUUUGCCAGACAUGUAAGAAGUAGUGAAAUGUUUUCCAUACCACUGAUCUGACUGUAGUUUUAAUAACUUUGUCUGUUGUUUUGUUGUCGCGAGAAGUAAGGCUCAAUCGAAUGUUUGUGUUUCUGAGCCCAAAUUACCUGUUCAUAUUAUUUGUUGGGUUUGGCAACAGUUUCAGAACGAAUCAAACUGUUCUGUACUGUAAUGUACUGCUGAACUGUGAAAGUCCUGAGUAUCGGAGACUAUAACUGACAUUGUACAAACCUGUGUAAAACACUUUCUGUUGUGUAUAAUAUGUGAAAUAAGAGUAUAAAAUUGUGUGCAGGUGUUACUGUGUGAGUAAAGGCAUAUAUGUAUGGUAUGUUUUGUAAAUAUUUUUGAAUGAUUCGUUGUCCAAAUGUUAUAUGUGAAUAAAACCAUUCAAAUCAUAAAUGCA